GUACAAAGAAAAAAAAAACACAUACGGGGUUCUGUUUCAUAGCAACAGGAUACUGACUCCACCUACUAUUCAGUAGUUAUGUCCGCAGGGAGGAGACGGUGCAGGUGAACAUCCCGCUGCUCCUCCUCCUCCACUGGGAUGCAAAUCCACUGCACACUGGGAACCCACUGCCUCCACCUAAUUACACUGUCACUGCAAACAUUUGUGUGUGUCUCAGCUCGGAGGACGCGGAGAAGGAUAUGGCCAACUCAGCACUGGAGAUCGUGGGUCUGUUACUGACCCUGAUCGGAUUGAUAGGAGCGGCAGCCAGCACCGGCAUGCCCAUGUGGAGAGUCACAGCCUUCAUUGAGGAGAACAUCAUAGUGUUUGAGACGCGGUACGAGGGUCUCUGGAUGAACUGCUUUCGUCAGGCUGACAUCAGAAUGCAGUGUAAGGUGUACGACUCCCUCCUGGCCCUGUCCCCUGACCUGCAGGCUGCGAGGGGCCUCAUGUGCUGCUCUCUGGCACUCGGCGGCCUCGGUCUGUUGAUCGCCAUUGUCGGGAUGCAGUGCACGUCCUGUAUCCAGAACAAUCGAGGCAAGAGAUUGGUCCUGAUCAUCGCAGGCAGCAUGGUCCUUAUGGCCUGUCUCUGCGUCCUCAUCCCCGUGUCCUGGACGGGUCAUGUCAUCAUCAGGGAUUUCUACAACCCACUGCUCAUCGCCGCCCAGCGCCGGGAGCUCGGUGAAGCUCUGUACAUUGGCUGGGUGUCUUCAGCUUUCCUGUUCGCCGGCGGCUGCAUGUUCAUCUGCUGCAACCUGCAGUCUGAAGGCAAAGGCUCCGAGAGGUACAUGUACUCCAGGGACUCCAACUACAUGGCCUACACCCCGCAGCCUCUCCAGCCUCAGCAGCUGGUGCUGCUGCCUCAACCACAACCACAACUACAACCACAACCUCAACCACAACCAAUGCUGUCAAGACACCCCUCCACUAUCUACACUAACCCCUCUGGAUACAACUCUGGAUACAACUCAAGAUACCCUUCGAGAUACCCCUCAGUACACAGCGGAGUGGCUUAUCUCUGAACACGGACUGAGGUAAAGACGAUCAGCUGUGGUCUAGCAUUUCAGAAAAAAAAAAUUCUCUGACUGACAAACACAGGAACUCUCUCAACUAUUAGUUAUAUUUACUUAAUAUGAAAAAAUGGGUAAAAUAAAAAUGGUUGUAAAUA